GGGUACAUAUAUGUAUUAGUGGUUCUCCUUUGCAUCCAUUCCUUGAAGUAACUUGCCAACAUUUAUAAGGUUGUCCAUCUCAAGCAAAGCUUUGCUGACUGUAACAUGUUACAUGCGGUUAAAAUGACAUUAUGAGAUUAGCUUUCAAAGUACGAGUUUUCAGGACUUACAGGUAAACGGCCCUUUUUUCAACUUAGUUUUUGUAUCUUACCUGAUGCUAUCACAAGUCCGUGUCAACAUAUCAAGUUCUGAUCGCGACAAAAGAGAGCAAGAACAAAGGUAACCGAACCUAUUAUUGAACAUACUGCCACUGGGCCAAUACGUUUUGACGACCUAAUAAACCCACCAAUUCUAGUAACUGUUAUGUCUCUAUUAGAAUUCUGCUUGAUGCAGCGCCUGUGAUGCAAAACUUGUAACAUUGUAUUUUUUAAAUUAAAUUGGAUAGGUAAUCGAUCGUUCUUCGUGUCUCAUCUCAGUACAUAUCUUCGCAAAAAUCUCGUUUAAAUAUGCAUAAGAAUCAAGUAUGAUUUGAGAGUUGUGUGAUGAAUCUCGGGACGGAUGUGAUAGUUUAUUGUACCGUAGAAGACUAUAUAUGGACAAUGUGACAUCGGUAUGUACACGGCUACCUCCUUGUAAACGAUGCAAAUUCGAAGUUCUAAGCCUUCAGAUAUAUAAUAUAAAAGCUUUAUUAAUUCCAGAUCCAAUAAGUGGAGUAGGUUCGUUGCUGUGACCUUCUUACCAGCUGGUUUCGCUGCCAACUUCCCUGUCCACUUCUAUUCCCCACAACAUCACAUCUGUUAUCCGUGUUGUCCUCCUACGUCCUCCUUCGCUUACAGGCUGUGAAAUAAUAAAGCUGCAAAACUCCAUUUGGCGGUCGUAGUUACUUUUUAUCUAGCCUUAAAAUUCAAGUACGCCUAUGUAUGAUGAUUAUGAUUAUAUUUUAGUCUAAUUAGUGUUCGAGUUUCCUCGCUUUUGUUAUCAAUAUGUACGAUCGCAUAAAAUAAUAAUGAACUUUAUUUGGUGCAGAGGUACUGCGUCCGUGACAAGGAGAAACGGAUAGUAAAUGAUAAUUAAACAGCUAACCAGAAUAAAGUGAAUCCAAUGGUGGGAAACUUGUUGUUUCCGGAACCGUAACUAGGUAAAACCUAUUGUGUAUUUAGCAUAACCACAUUUACAAAACAAGAACCUCGUUUUUUAUUGAGGUUUGGUGGCACUUAAUCGGUACAUUAGCGGAAAUGUCGGAAUGAAUGCUGUUUUGACCGACAUCUUUUAUAAUCUAUGAAAGUUGUUUUCGUCCUGAAGCAGACUACUAAUCUCUUGUCGAUUUUCGGCACGGGCUAGCCAAUUGACCAUAGCAGUUUUCAUAUACAUCAUAUUGCAGUUUAAGGUUCCAAGAGGUAUGGAAAACCUUUGUUCUACGAUAGAUUUUCCCUCAUUUGUUCGAUGUCUUUGGUGGACGUGUCUAUCGAAAGGGUUUUUACAGUGUUGGGAUAUUGGACUGAAAGUAGGGCCUAAAAGACAUCAGACAAUCAUUUGCCAAGGGGGGGGGACAAUCCGUAUCGACAACAAUGUUAAAACAGCAUUAUCUUGAAGAUGUACGUUCUGAUCUAUUUUAGAUAAUAAAGAAACCUAUAAGUGGGUAUCAUUGGCGAAAGAUGGGUAGCUAGCUACGAUCAUAGAUAUCAUUCUAUGUCCAGGAUUAUGAUUACUAGUCCGCAUGUUUUGCGCAAAAACACUCCAUGUUUUGAGUUUUACGUAUGGUAUUGCUGUUCAGACAGCUGGAUCCCCACAUGAAAUGAACCGUGUGUCUAUGGACGAGUUCGAGCCUAGACUAAAGCUUCUUUUUUUCCAAUCUUAAUCUAUUUCAUAAGAAAUCAGUAGUUACUUCACAUUUAUCUUAUGCACUCAGUCUCUGUUUUAACGACCCAAUAAAGAAGACCUAUGUGUAGCACACCUUCUAUACUCAGCUUGUAUUGAUACAGAGCGAACAUGGGUAAUAAUAGAUCUUUGAACACCUGCCAAAUAAAUGUACGGUCCGCAUGGAUUCAGGAAACAUUUUUGAGCAUAUAGCACUAAGUGAAAGUGGGGCAUCAUCAUGCGCUCACUGGACAUCGACUCUGAGAACUCUAAACUUUAAGCGCAAUUUACGACGGAUAAACGUAUUGUGCGAAAGGUAUUAAUCGCUUACAAAAGUCGUCUUUACUGUGCUUUUUCUUUUUUUCUUUUACAUCAGAAGUUUUCAUUGAAGAAUCGUACAUUUCUUUGAAGUACCUAAUCUGCACCACGGAGCCGAGCUGCAAAGCUGUCUAUCAAUAGCAGAACCAUUUCAAUGUAAAUAAAUAAACGUAAAUGGAUAUUGGUUGGGAAAGUGCGUCGUUUCGAAUACUGGUUAGAUAGGUACGCAACGUGACCCGAAUGGCAACAUAUUAUUAGGGCCUAAGCGAGAUCAUCGAAACGUUCGUACUCAUAUGUCAAACUAUAUGAUAUUCUGACAAAGUAUCGAAGAGAUUGGCACCAGCUAUUGAACUGUUUUUUUUUUUACCAUGAAGCGGUGGAGUUUACCCGGAAAAUAAUCUGUAGAUAUUGUGCGACUAUUUUAUAGUGGCAAAAUUUGCUUCAUAACAGUUAUCGGCCUUGGGAUAUACUGAAAGUGCACAUUAUACAAACAGCUGUAACCUCAUGUAUGGUUUGAAAUAAAGUAAGUAAAACUAUCAGACCAGACUAGCGUUAAGGGAUGUUUCUGGAAGCGCCAGCUGGACAAGAUGAAUCCUGACGGCAAGGAAAAUGCGAUAGCGCAUAUUGAUGAGGUGGAUAGUGCACUCAGAAUGCUUCGGUGUAUGAUCGACUGCGGCACGGUCGAAACUACUUUAUGUAACCCCAAGCUUGCUCCUUUUAUGGGUAUCAUCAGGAAUCACCCUGAACUUGUCGCCCUAACGAAGAAAAAUAGAGUCACUCAGCUACGACAGACAAAAAACAGAAAAAUCUCACAAAAACAGACAUCGUCAUUAGAACGCCCUUAUAUAAAUAUGGUAGCAACGCUAACGAAGAUUAAAGAAAUGGCUGCGCUCACCUGGACGUUUACUUACCCAGUUCCACGUGAGAUCUUUAGCUCGUUUCUUGCCACUUUUGAAGUUGCGAAAAAACUACCUGCCGCUAUUGGACUGGGAAGCAAGUAUGAACAAAGUAUUUGCUGUCUCAUUGAGGACUUUGAGGUAACGCCAGCGUGGGUGCGACACAAGUGCCCGGCGCUACGCUUUCUAGAGCCGUCUUCAACGGGUAGCCUUUGUCCAAAGGAUUUUUUCUAUGAUUUCAUCGGACUAAUGGACGCUAAUGGUGUUGACGCAAACCUGGUAUUGGCGACCUCGAAGACAAGCAACGAGGGAAAACUGAAGGCAUUUGACAACCUCGAAAGCAUUCGAGAAUACUUAGUCCACUACCUUCCCAACGAAGUGGCUAUUGUGAAUGGGCGUAUGAUAGCCAUUUGUCCUAGCGAUGAUACAAGCUACGAGAAUGAUAUCAGUAACAGUCAUAGUGUCUCUGAGACAACAAAACCUACCUCGUCAGUUAACGAUUCCGUUCAGGAAAAAAAACAGUCUUGGCGGUGGGAGCCAUCAAGUCCGUUGGAACUACUAAAUUUCUUCGGCUUGCGUAUGUGGGCCUUUGAGACGUGGCCUGAAAGUCGAGAAUUCGGUGUGGCAACAAAUCCAGGAAUUCCUCUUGAUGAACUUGUAAAACAAAUGCACAACGUUUUAGAGAAGUCCAACAAUUGGCAAAUAGAAGGAAGACGAAUCCUUGAAAAUUAUGAAGGAUUUCAUCUGCAAGAAGGUCGUCUAUUUGCCGUGAGUCCAGAAAGUAUUCUCUACCCAUCGAACAAGCUACAUUUGUUAGUUUACAUUGAAGAUAUCUGUAAAAAAUUACGCUCAAUGGUCAAUCUUCCUACAAAAGUUUACAGAAGUUUAUACGAGGUCGAGGACUGCUCCUUGGAUUCGCCGUUACGAUAUUUGUCUAAGACGCUCUCAACGUGCCGUUCUCCCGAACCAGUUAAGCUCAAUGCGGCUCGUGUACCUCUGUCCGAUCUCAACAAGCUCAUCUUAGCUUUGCCACAAACGGACCAGCAGAAGCUUGCUGGAAUUUUCCCAGGGGAUACCCUUCUUCGACAUCUUCCUCUGCUGUCAGUGUUGACCGCCUACCCAAUCCUGACAACCGCUGAUGAGUGGCUCCUUACGUAGGAUCACUUGGC